GACGCGCACACCAAAACAGGCGUUGACAAGAGCCGCACAUUUUGUUUUGAGGCUCGUUUUUUAGGUCGACUACACCAUGUUCUAAAGUUAAAACCCAUCGUUCACUUCAAAAUGUUUUGCGUGACAACAUCCACAGCAGUGGCCGGACAGUGGAUCCAGGGCGGGUGUAUAUGGUAGGAGCAUUACGACCUCCGGUCUGCUGUGUUUGCUGCUGGACGCUGAUGUUCGCCAUCCUGACCAGAUCCAGACACGCCUUUUGUUGUCCUGCUGCAACGACUAGCCGCCGCUAGCACCGCAGCAUCUAGGAAGACACUGAGGACCAGCUCAGCCUUUCUGGGGGAUUAGUCGUAGACCACUGGAACCGCAGCGACUGGACAACCGACCGCAAGGAUGAGCAGUGACGAACCAAGCCCCGCCGCCUUGCCGGAGCCGGUGGAGGAUGUGCAAGGAGACGGGAGAUGGAUGUCCCAGCACACGCGGUUCGUCCAGGAGUGUAAGGAUGCUGAACCAGACGUCCUAUUCGUCGGAGACUUCAUGAUUCAGCUGAUGCGGCAUCAUGAUAUCUGGAGGGAGCUGUUUUCUCCACUUCACGCUCUGAACUUCGGGAUCGGUGGAGACACGACCUGUAACGUCCUCUGGAGGCUCCAGAACGGAGAACUGGACAACAUCAAACCCAAGGUGGUGGUCCUGUGGGUCGGAACCAACAACCACCAGCACAGCGCGGAGCAGGUGGCCGACGGGGUCCUGGCCGUGGCCAGACUCCUCACCUCACGCCUGCCCAGGGCCAAGGUCAUCAUCAUGGGCCUGCUGCCGCGCGGGGAGCGCCCGAACCCCCUGAGGGAGAAGAACGCGGCGGUCAACGCGCUGCUGCGUGCCCGUCUGCCGCGGCCCGGCCCCGUCCUGCUGCUGGACGCCGGCGCCGGCCUCCUGGCGCCCGACGGCUCACUCAGCCAGCGGGACAUGUUCGACUACCUGCACCUGACGGCCGCCGGCUACGCCGCCGUCUCCAAGCCGCUCAGCGACCUGCUGCUGCAGAUCCUGGAGGAGACGCCCGAGGAGAAGAGGGCCCCACCGGUCUGAGACCCCCCCCCCCCCCGGAGCCUCACUCACAGCAGGGGCCGGGGGGGAGGAGGAGGAGGUGUGAAGGAGAGGUGGAGGAGCAGGAGGUGGAGGUGUGGGGCUAGGGGGAAGGAUGUAAGGCCCUGUGUAGGGCGCUGACAGUGUUCUGCCCCAGCACCGACAGCUCGUGGCCAGCAGGGGGAGACACCCACACGCGCCAGCCAUUAAAGCACAGACGCUGCUGGGAGCUUAUGGUGCGUUUUAGUAUUCUCUGCGAAACCGACUCGGACUUCGGAUGCGACGUCACGCCCACACUUCAAGCGUUUUAUUAUGUUUCGCUCGGUCGUUGGAGAAAAACAUGGGCGCCACCCGGAAAGCUGUUGUCGCGGUAGCAUUGGCAGAGGACCAGGCGCUCCAAAAUAAGUAGGCUGUAGGCCAUAGGCAGAGAUACGGACGCAGUAAGGCAACGCAGUAACACGAGUGAUUGUAAUUGCCCUUUAAACCACCAAAGCGGUCCAAACACAAUGAAAACAGUUCAUACAA